AACAUAUGUAUUAUUGCGAUCAUACGAUUUCGCAACAAAGCGAGCGUGAGAACUAAUUGCCCAUGAACGAAUCCGUGAAUCACGUUGUGACGUGACUGUGACCAACAUUCAUCAUCGCUAUCUACCCCCUCUCCUUUGCGAAGGAGAAGCCACGAUUACAUUACGAGCACGUAGUUCGCAUCAGAGUAAUGCAAUAAAUAUCAGUAAGUUUUACGAAUUCGGUCGAUGUGGCAUGCAUAAUGAAAAUAGCACCGAGAUAAAUAUACCCAAUUAUACGUUAACGAUCGCAAGCUGGUCGGAGAAAUCGUUCUAAGGUAGAAGAGUAAAAUCUCGGAACGUUAGCCUUGAAGUUACUUUCAGUUGCAGCUCGGGGCGACUUUUCAAAGAGCUGCCUGUUGCAAUUACAGUCUCAAGAUCGGAGCGCAUCGCAUUUAGUUGCCCGUAAUGGACGUACCAAUAACAACCGAUUGAAGUCUGGAAUUCUGCAAAUUCUUUCUGUAUAUACGUAUCAGUGAAGCAUGAUUGUUGUACCGAUGCAAUUUUCAAACGUUUGUUUGUAAUCUUUGAAAGAGUCAUUCCGUGUGUGCAUUGUAUACUGAGUCAUUGCUAUAUUGCAGUUGUAUAUAGUAUCAACUUGCAAUGUCAUUCACUAUAUAUGUUGUAUUUUUCAUUCCAUUAAAUGGCCAGUGAUGUUAAGCAAUUUCAAUUUCGAGCUUUUGAUUUCUGAUUGUUGACACAGUUGAUGAAAGGUGUUUGCAACAUUCUCAGAAUAACACCGUUAGUUCAUCCCUCAUCAUGAAUACAUUUUGGAAAGAACACAAAUUGGCAACGACUGGUCCAGCUAUCAUGAAGAGUUUGGACACAACAUGUAUCUGCAGCAAACAUAUACAUCAUCCCAGCCGUGAUUCCAUAAAUGGAAAUGGAAUGGAGAAUGGGAUACACAUGAAAUCUCAGUGCAACCAACCUAAAAGUUUCUUGUUGAUAGACGGCCAGGAAUAUCUGAGGGUUAACAGUGCUGAACAAUUCAUGGAAAAGUUAAAUUGCACUGAUAAAGAUCUGGAAGUAAAGGUGGUGUCUAUCUUUGGCAAUACCGGUGAUGGAAAAAGUCAUACUUUAAAUGAAACGUUUUUCAAGGGGAAAGAAGUGUUUGAGACCUCAAACGAUCAAGGUUCUUGUACUUUAGGUGUUUGGGCUGCGCUUGAUCCUGUUCUUAACGUGAUAUGUUUGGAUACAGAAGGUUUAUUAGGUAUAACCUCUCAUGAGAAUGAAAGAACGAGACUGUUACUUAAAGUUCUUGCUGUGUCUGAUGUUGUUGUCUAUAGAACACAAUCUGAAAAGCUGAAUAGAGAUUUGUUUACGUUUCUUGGUACUGCGUCGAGAGCAUACAGUCAUCAUUUUCAAGCUGCUUUGCAAGCAAUAGGACAAAGGAAAGGAGUUCAAGGCUCCUUGAGUGCUCUGGGACCAAGCAUUAUAGUAUUACAUGAGACUAGAUACACCAAACCUUUGACCAACACAGAUGGUUUAGAAAACGCGGAGGAUAUUCUUCGGACCCGUUUUGUUCAAAUGAAGCUUGAAACUGAAGCGUUCAAUUCCAUAAAAUACGUGGGUGUACAAAGAACAAAUUCUAUGACUGAUUAUGAACUUUUGCAAACAACCAUUAAAAAAGAAUUGGCCAACACUACUGUCCGAUCAACCAGAAAGCCACAUUUAGUUUACAACACAUUGAAAAUUUUGAACGAGAAAUUUUCAGGAGAAAUGGAGGAUUUUUCUAUUUUGUUUCCCGAUCAGUAUUUCACCUGUCCUGUUAAGUGUCUCAGCUGUGGGUCCAGAUGCAACAGCAGUAUGGGACAUCUUUUAGAGGGAAAAGCUCACACUAGCGAGAACAAGUGUCGAUACCAGCAUCAGUAUGAAAACGUAGUAUAUAUAUGCAAAAGAUGUCAUAGCAAUGGAAAUGAAGUUAAAGUUGUGAAACGAAUACAAACUGAAAAUGACAACAGCUGGUACGGGUUAGUUAAAUAUGCGUGGUCAGGAGAUGUAAUAGAGUGUCCACAUUGCGGAGAGAUAUACAGGAGCCGUCAGUAUUGGUAUGGUAACAACAAUCCAGAAGAUCUUGCCGUUCGUACAGAAAUCACACACGUGUGGAAUACGGCAAAUAAUUCAGCAAUAACACAAAAUACAGCACAAAGAGUAGUCGACGGUGUAUCGUACAUUACCGAAGCUGUAACCAAUGUUUCGUUGCAACCAACUAAAGUUUUCUCGGCAUGGAUUGCGGAUCAGGUUGCCCCAUCCUAUUGGAGGCCGAAUAAUGAAAUAAAGCACUGCCACAAGUGUAAGACGUUAUUUGGACUGACCGAUACGAAACACCACUGUCGAGCGUGUGGCGAAGGCUUCUGUGAACAGUGUUCAUCCAAAACGAAAUGUGUUCCAUCCAGAAAUUGGCACACACCGGUACGAGUUUGUGACAUCUGUUACAACAAGGACGAACCCGUUGAAUCUGCAGAAGACGUCAACGCUAGAAAAGUAUCAGAGCAAGUGGUAUCUACUAUUAAUGCAGUUGGUACUGUUUUAAACUAUUCAAAAUCGUUUAUCAAAGAUACAGUUCGACCGUCUUAUUGGGUCCCAGACUCGGAAAUCGUCCGUUGUUGCAUAUGCUACCAAAAGUUCUCCAUGUCUCUCACUUUACACCAUUGCAGAGACUGCGGACGCGGAGUAUGCCAAAAGUGCUCGCAACAUCGUAAGCCUGUGCCACACAGAGGAUGGGACAAGCCAGUACGUGUCUGCGACUCGUGCAUAAAAAUUGUCUAAGAAACGUUGGCGAACGUCGAUAGAAGAGAGCAUUGAUGAUUUCUUUGAAAUAUCAAUCGAUCUGCACAAUAUACAUUGACGAAUACUUCUCAGACUUUGUACGAGUUGCUUGUAAAUUCAUAAACGUUGUUUGCGUAAUUUUUAUUUUUCUUCGGGCAAUGUUGGAAUUCCUUCUCGUCAAACGAGCAAAAAAAAAGAGAAAGAAAAAGAAAAAGAAAUUAAUAUUUUAAUACAGUAUUGUAAAAAGCGUUUCCUAUAAAUUGUGCCAUGAGUGUACCUGUCUUUUUUAUAAAAUGUGUUUUUCAGAGAAUGGCGGUAAUUUAAUGUUAAAAAAGAAAACCGUGUUCUGUGAGAGCAGGCUGUUAGUAGAAAAUUAUAAUAUUCUACGAACAGAGUAUGGUGCAGUACGUUGUAGCAAUAUGUAAAUAUAAUAUAAAUGGAGAAGUUGUAGAAGUAUGGAAAUAUAAUACAAUAGCGCAAUCGUAUUUAUCGACACGAUGAAUCGAACACUGUUAUCAGUAUCGCGGUUUACUGGGCUGUGACUGUUUUUAGAUUCCGAAAACGAGCAUUUAUCCUUUUAUCAUGUAGCGCCCAGCGUAUCCAGCUAUUGCAGCUAUCUAUUUUAUAAUUUGAAAAUGAACAUUGCUUUUCGAUAGAUACUGUAAUAAA